UAUUAGUAGAAGUGGUGCUGGUUUUCAAACAGGAUGAACGCGCCACCAGCAUUCGAGUCGUUUUUGUUGUUUGAGGGAGAGAAAAAGAUCACAAUAGUUAAGGACACAAAAGUGCCCAAUGCAUGUCUGUUUACACUGAAUAAGGAGGACCACACGCUGGGGAACAUCAUUCGGUCACAACUGCUAAAGGAUCCUCAGGUGCUGUUUGCUGGAUAUAAAGUUCCCCACCCUCUGGAGCACAAGAUUGUGAUCCGUGUUCAGACAACACCAGACUACAGUCCGCAGGAAGCCUUUACUAAUGCAAUCACUGAUCUGAUCAGUGAGCUCUCACUGCUAGAGGAGCGGUUUAGGGUUGCCAUCAAAGACAAGCAGGAGGGAAUAGAAUGAAGAACCGUUGCAGUCUACAACUAAUUCACAAUGGACUGAAUUUCCACACUUAAACUGGGUUCUUACAAUGCGCUACAGUGUUUAAAUAAUCCCAU